AUGCAGUCUCCUCGCGCGAGCUGGCUACUCGCUGCCUGUAUAUGGAACAUCAUUAGUGCUACAAACACUAGUGUACUGGAGGUGGACCUCAUUUUCCCGCGAAACUCGACAUAUGCGCCCACAAACGACUUCCCCGUUGUUUUUGCUUUCCAGAAUGCCCAGCGAGCGCGAUAUUUGAACCCAUCGAUUCAGUAUUUGAUGUGGAACUUGCAGACUGACCAUACAUCCUUCACGCUAUCUCAUGAUCUCGGCUGGAAGAUUUGGACCGAAGAGACCUAUCUCGCGCACGAGGUUAUGAGCUUCCCGAGCGAGGAGGGUCACUAUAAAGUCAGCUGGUCCAUGACCUGGGACAGUUGCGACGAAGAAUCUUUCGAGAACCCAGAUCGCAUACCAAGAAUGGACCAUAAUAAAACUACCUGGGCAACCUAUUUCUCCAUCGACAAUUCCGCCCCCCAAGUGGAUCUUGUUGCUGCCACAGCCAACGAGAUGUGCACAAAUGAAUAUGGCAUGAUAAUCAAUGUAUCUGACAAAACUUUGAAGGUCCCUUCGAGCGUGGAGUGGUCUGCCAAGGCCUGGAACAAUAAUACCUGCGCGGUGAUGGCCAACUCUACUUCUACAUCUACGCCGGAUCCUUGCCGGGUUCAUAUCGACAAAGCUGCUGCUGAAAGCAUCCAUGCCUCCGUCACAGCUCGUGUAUGCAGCGGCAUUGACCCGCCAGAGUAUUGCGAAAAGAAUGCCGCGACACAGUUGGCUGUUGCUGGAGUUUCCUGCUUAUUAGCUGCAGUUGGGGCGUUAGGCUUCUUUCUCGCCUAA